AUGCAAAUGCGUAUCAAUAUACCACCCUUGACCCGCGUCCUUCUCGGUCUCCUCCUUGCCAUCUCAACCACUCAUCAAAUCACACGCUACCUAUUUGGAGGUCUUGACCCCGAACUCCUCGCCCUCAUUCCCCAGUGGUCACUCUUUUACCCAUGGGUCUAUUUUACAGCGACGUUCGCCGAGCAAAACGUCCUUACAUUGCUCAUCGCCGGUGCAACCAUCCUGUAUGGCGGCAAAUACCUGGAACGUGCGUGGGGGUCAACCGAGUUUGGAAAGUUCGUGCUGUUGGUGACUGUGCUGCCGAAUUUCAUUGCAACGUUGGUGUAUGUGCUCUGGUUCGCCAUCACGCGUGAUGACUCAAGAGCCUUGGCUUUCAUCCAAGGUUCCGUUGCCCUUCAAGGCGCCUUCCUCGUCGCCUUCAAGCAGCUCGUCCCCGAGCAUACGGUCACAAUACUCAAAGGCAUCAUCAAAAUACGAGUCAAACAUUUCCCUGCCAUAUUCCUAACCGCGAAUACAAUCUCUGGGCUGGUUAUUGGAACAGACACAGCGCUUGUGUUGGGCUGGGCCGGCUUCUUUACAAGCUGGACAUACCUUCGGUUCCAUAAAAAGGAGGCCGAGCUCUCCGGAGCCAGCACAGGAGGACCCACAAUAAAAGGAGAUGCAUCCGAAACUUUUGCUUUCGCUUACUUCUGGCCUGAUGUCGUCCAACCCCCCAUAGCGGCUGUUGCAGAUGGCCUUUACAAUGCUUUGGUGACCAUACGCGUCAUAACACCUUUCUCUGCAGAGGAAGUCGAAACGAGCAAUGAGCAGGCUACGGCAAGAGGUGAAGGCGGCUUACCAAGCCUGCUCAAUCAAGGAGGCAGAAGAGGUGGUGGCGGAAAGAGGGAAGAAGCAGAGCGGAGGAGAGCAUUGGCUCUGAAGGCUUUGGACCAAAGACUGCAGGCUGCGACAACGAGCAAGCAACAGCCAGCGGCUGCUCCGCCGCCAGCACCGAUUGGCCAAGAGGUACCAACAUCGAGUACCGAGCCACCACCUGAAAGCGAGCAAACUUGA